AUUGAUCGUAUUCUGUACCUAUUAGAUUAUAUUGAAGGAAAGAGAAGAAAGGAAACAGCGACGCUUGCUAGAGGAAAAGGGAUUGAUCCCAUCAGGUUGCAAUGUAUUGGCUCAAGAGGAUCAAGCAGUUAUUUCGGAUCAGAAUGAGAACCUGGACACACAAAACAGAGCAGCUGAAUUAAAUGAUUCAACAGAUUUGGCUGAUUCUGCUCCAUCUUCAUGCAAUCAAAAUCUAGAAUCCCCUUCUGAAACACCAAAGUAUCCUGAAGGAACUUUGACGGAAAGCAUUUUGAUGAAUUCCAGACGUCCGAAGAUACACAGCAGACGGUUUAGAGAAUAUUGCAGCCAAGUGCUUAGUAAAGAAGUUGAUAACUAUGUGUCUGACCUGCUGAAAGAACUUGUCCGUUUCCAAGAUCGUUUGUACCAGAAGGAUCCAGUUAAAGCUAAGAAAAAACGUAGGAUUGUAAUGGGGCUGAGAGAAGUGUUAAAACAUCUAAAGCUGAAAAAGCUUAAAUGUGUUAUCAUUUCUCCAAACUGUGAGAGAAUACAAUCCAAAGGUGGCUUAGAUGAGACGUUGCACACGAUAAUUGAAGUUGCCCGUGAACAAGAAAUUCCAUUUGUCUUUGCUCUCAAUCGUAAAGCUCUAGGGCGCUGCGUAAACAAAGCAGUUCCUGUUAGUGUGGUUGGAAUCUUCAGCUAUGAUGGUGCUGAGAAUCAAUUUCAUCAAAUGGUUGAACUCACUGAAGAAGCAAGGAAAGCAUAUCAGGAAAUGCUUAAUGCCCUAGAGCAAGAACUUAGAGCAAUUGAAGGGUGUUCAGAAGAGCCAUUGUGUAAUCUGAUAGAGGAAAGCACAACUUCGUUGGAUAACAUGACCUCUCAGUCCUUUUUGGAGGCUGGUGAACCAGAAUAUGUUACUACGUGGAGAAACUUGCUCAAGAGACAGUCUAACUCCAACCUAUCCAACACUGAAAAUGCAGGAACUUCAGAGACUCUACAUUGUGAAUCAGAAGAAGAAUCUGGUGAUUCAGUACAGAAUUUUCCAAAAACCAUUCUUGAUUUUGAGUGUCAAGCAGCAAUAAGAUGAAUGAAUGUGAAUUUUCAUUGCACUAAAAUGCUUCUGCAGCUAUCUCUCCACUAUUUUGUGCAGAAAAUAGUGAUUAAAAUUUAGAGCAAGUGAAAAGCCCUUCCAUAGAUGAAUGUUCCCUUCUUUGGAAAAAAUGCAAUGUGCAAAAUUCUAUCAACCAAGUGAAAUUAAUCCAAUUAACAUCUAAUUGUUUAGUUAACAUUCUUCAGCCAAUGAUAAACAUCAGUUAACAUUAAAUAGAUUGAAGAAAUCAAGUUAAGAAUGAUAGAUAGCCAAAAGCUAAAUUAUUCCUCAGUUUACCCUAUUCCUGAGCUUGAAAUUUACAAUAGCUUGCACCAGUCCCACUUCAGUUUAAAAACUCCUGCAAUUAGGCAGCUUUUGUACAGUGCAGUUUUCCAUUUUCUUGAAAUUCACAAUUUUCUACUAGAUUCCAUUUAAGAAGGCUGGUUUGAUCUGAGACAGAACAGCAACAGUGUGUCGUGCAGGAAAGUAUGAUGGCAAGUAGAUAUCAACUAAUUACCCCUUUCCCAAGUGCUCUUGUGGAGAUUUUCAAGGGAUAUUUUUUGGUUUUCUGGGCUCCAUUUUCAUUCUCUCCAUCUCAUUUAUUUAGUGAUCCAGUCUUGUGAACAAAUCAGCAACAAGCAGUUGAGAGAAAAAGCCUGUGAAUGGUGAAGCAGCUCCUCAAAUUCACAUAAGGGGCAACUUUUCUCCAAAUUGUCAUCCCUUAUGCUUUAAUUUUCUUGGGCAUUUUGGGGACGAAUUUUCCCAAUGCAUUUUGAGUGCUCAGUCCUAGCUACCAUUAUUACAGAAUUGCUGUGAAAAUAAUAUAAUAUAUAUUAAACUAUAUAUUCACACCCAUUACAAAGCUAUAUCAUAACAAUCCAUCUUUUUGUUGUUGAGAGUUACUUCACAACUUGAAGUGAACCAGUGGAGAAGCACUGAGGCACACAAUGCUACUUUGGCAGAUUAUAACAAGUAUUCUUUCAGGACAUGACAUUCAAAGCCUCUUUGUCAUUCAAAGUCAGAGUAGCUUAUCCAAUGUCCUUGUGAUGCAUCUCGUUAUAAUACUACACGCUGUUUGGAUAUUUUCUACUAAUACUGAAUAGUUUACCAAAAUCUAAGUAGAUAUUUUAAUUUUAUAAAAGUUCAAAUUACAUACCUUGAAUUUAACUAUAUAAUUACAUCAGUUAAUUUGUUCAGAUUUAUUUGAAUAUGUACACUAUAGAAUUUGCUAAUGGUAUUAAUCUGUAUGGAGGAUAAGUGCAUGACAAAACCUUCACCCCUGUCUCUGAAUAACUUGAACAGCAAAAGCUGUAGCACAAUCUUUGCAAAAAUCCAUUGUUCAGUAAAUUAAAAUACAGCAAACAGUUUAGUAACCAGCACCUAUGGGUUGAGGUGUACACUGGUUGUUGGCAAGUUAAUCAAGUAUUCCAGAUAAUCAAGACGUCCACAUAAUCCAUAUAAAAAUACACACUAAGUAACAAAAAAUAUAACACACUUCACAGUUAUACUUUAUUUACACCAUAAAUAACAAAUAAUAAUGCAACUCUGCCUUAAAUAAAACUUACUGGCUGAGAGCCUUCUCAUUUGGACCCUUAGCUGACUACUUGUACAUCAUGAUAGAUCGUGGUAUUUAUGGAGAAAUUGACUCAGAAUUGUUGAUAUUUUGUGUCACCAUUAAAAAGUAUAUUUAAAUACAUUAAAAAACAAUAAUUGGACAGAAUAAUGCAGUAAACUUUGUGAUAUUUGAGGUAUAUAGUUUUUGCUGGUCAUCAAGAAUGCUAGUUCAUAAGGUGUCAGUUAAAACAAAGUUUGCUGUAUUCCAUUUAUCCCUUGUGAUAUCAAAAACAGUGUUCAGUCCACAUGACUAACUUUUUGUUUAUGUCCUGAAUAAACUUCACUUAACGCUAAUUAAUUCCAAACCCUAUUAUGCUUAGUUAGAACAUGACUAAUUCCCUUGGUAAAGAUUUGCUUCAGUUGUGAUUUUAGGAAACCUUUAAGCUACAAGACUUUCUAAUUGAUAAGUAAAAACUGCAGAAAUAUGAAUUUGCCCUCACAUAUAGGGUAUUUAGAAAAUUCUUAUGCAAAUUUAAACUUUAAUAACUUUGGACAUAUGCAGGGUUGGAGUAAAAUAGCAGAUAGCUCAUGAAAGCAUAAUUGAUAAAAGUUUGAAUAACAUGCAAAUUCUGAGACUUCAACCUAACCAUCAUCUUUUGUGAUGCAUUGUUUAAUAUUCCAAAUUUGCCUUCUUUCUUCUGCUGUUGCUAUUUCAAACUGUUUUAGCAGCUUUAUUGUGGUUGUUAAAACACGUUAAGACAGCUUUCAUGUCAUUUAAAGCUUGCUUCUAUCAGUUAUACAUCUGAAGCUUUAAGUUUGUAUAAAAAUAAACACUGAAUUGCAAAGCAGUUUUGCUUUGGUUAGCUCUGCAGAAUUGCAGAAAACAGAACUAGCUUCAAAAGUUGCUAAUUUUGUUUUUAACUUUCAAAACAUACAGCUGCAAAAUCAGCUUGAAAACAUAAUGCAUCAAAAGUCGAUUGAAACGCGCACGUUUUUAAUUGCUGAAGAAUGAUAAGAACACAUAUGAUGUUUCAAUAAUUGUACAUUGGCUGCACUCUUUACUCUGCAUACCCAACCCAUGACAAGAGACUAUGCAACUUGUUAUCUGCCAUUUAAAUUGGAAAACAGCAGGGACAUUUUAUUUUCCAAAGUGAGUAGCAAACAGGAAGUUAAACUUUUUUUAUUAAUUCAAUUUUCUUUGCCCAUCUUCCAUACCAUCAUGUCCCUAAGGACCUACAUUUAGGCAACAUUCAAUCUAACUUUAUUCAAAGUUUUGACAAUUCAUGAACACUUGCCUCUCACUUCAUGUUUGCAGAAUGCUGUUACUAUUUUUGGAAACCAUCCAAAUUCCAACUUUCAACAAAGUACAGCAUGUAACAUGAGUCCCAUGGUAAUAGGAUAUUAUAGAUUUAACGUACACCUGCUGCAAAAAAUACAUUUGACAGAUUAUGAGAGAGAUGAUAUGUGCAAUUUAUAAAAUUUCAAGCUUAUUCCCAUCUGCUGGAGCAAGCUAGUCCAAAUAAAAUCUGAGGCUGAUAUAAGGCAUGAUCAACAUCAACCAGUGAUGAAUGUCUUCAUAAGUGAGAAUGCCAAGUGGCUGCUAUUUACAACUGUCUUGAAAACACCUUACACUUAUAACACUGAUUUGUUUCUUUGAUUUGAAAGCUCUUUUCAUCUCAACUAUAGUUUAAAUUUGAUUUGCUUUGUAUGGGAGUCAAAAUAUUAAACUAUUCUACGUACUGUACAUUGAAACAAGAUAAAUUUUAUAGUCACUAGUAACAAACCAAAUAUGUCUAAUGGUCAGAAUUUAUUAAUUCGUAUGUAACAACAGAUACAAUGACAUAUUCAGGGUAAUCUAGGACAGGUCCAAUGGAGUUAGGUGAGUUGUAAAAAUAAAAGAUAUGAAAUAGAAAUAGAAAGUGCUGGAGAAAUUAUGUAAGUAUGGGAGAUUUCAACUCAGUGUUAACUUUGUUUGUCUCUCUCUGCAGAUGCUACCUGAUCUGCUCAGUUUCUCCAGAACUUUGUUUUUAUUUCAUUUCUCCAGCAUCUAUGGGAAUUGUUUGAAGAUAAGGAAUGCAAACUUGAUUCAUUACUUGAUUGAUCUCAAUGAAUCAUUCUUACAUUUGUCACUGGUAAUGAUAUUUAAAAUAGUAAUUUCAGUGAACUCUGAAUCUGGAACAACUCUCAAUUUUUCUCAAUUAUUGUAAAAAUUUUCUAUGAGAAGUCUGUUCAGUUUCCAGGUUAGUGUGGGGUAUGUGGUGUUGUUAAACAUUGAUUUAUUUGAAGACAUAAUGAUCUGGUUUGUCCAAGGGUUGUUUCAUCAUUAAGGUGCUGUCUUUUCUCUUUAGCUGACAAGCUAUUUCAUUUUGUACGGAGGACUCUUAAUUUGUAUGCUGUACGGACGUUGAAUUGUGGUAGUUUAUCCAAGCACAUUUUGUUGUGAUCGAGUAAUAUACUAGAUCACCUUUGUGCCAAAAAAUAUCUCAGCAAGGUUGGAAUGUCUGGUUGAACCAGCUGCUCAGAAUAACACUUUCCAGAGAUGAGGCAAUUGCCAGACCUAGCAACUAAUAAUGGGUGGAGAUUUCACUCUAAACAGGCUGCCAUGAUGGCUUCGGACAAAACCUGGCCAAAUUUCUGCUCCUCCUCUGUAUUUCAAGUAGACAAACACUGGGAAUGAAUCUCAGAUUUCACAUACUGAGCACGUUCAGGCCCUAUGUUUUGUGUCUGAGCAAUAACAACUAUUGUGUCCAGUUUAGUGCUAAUCUGUGCUGAGUUAGCUAAUAUAAUAUCCAAAGGUAUUAACAUCCAUUGGUUAGGUAGGGGAAAGAUCAACAAAAGUUUCUGCUGCUGCUGCUUAAUUCUUUCACAGGAUGUGGGAAUUGUCAGUUAUGCCCGUACUUCUUGCCAUUGCUAAUUGCCCUUGAAUUGAGUGGCUUUCAGAGUCAUUUCAGAAAACAGGUAAAAGUCAACCACAUUGGUAUGUGAGUAUGGAGUCACACAACAACAGACUUCCUUCCGCAAAAGAUGUCGGUGAACCAGAUGAGUCGUUAGAAAAAUUGGAAUGAUUUCAUAGUCACCACUAUUAUGGCUAGCUUUGUUAUUGGAAUUUAAAUUGUAAUAGUUGCCUGGUAGGAUUUGGACCCAUGUUCCCACAAACAGCCUGGACCUCUGGAAUACCAGUCCAAGAACAUUAUCAAAAUGCCGUCACCUUGCCCUUAUUUGGUGACCCUAACCAGAUGUGGAAGGGUGUAGAUAGUAAAUAAACCAGAAGUGGGCAAGGUGCUAUUCGUCUCAAUUGUAUAGUCUGCCUAUGCUCAACAUCAUGUAAAUAAUUGCCAAUUAAUGAGUUACUGGAGGUCAUUCAUCUGUAAAAUGGUGAGGGACUCCAAACCUUCAGUCGAGGUGAGGAAGAGUUAGGAAAAAACGUAAAAAACAAAAACAAAUUGAAAUCGUACAAAUCCUACUUUCCUUACUUUCAAUAAGGAAUAAACAUGUUCACACCUUUGUUUUUAAGCUAACAGUCUGAUAAGCAUGUUGUUUUCGUGUUUGAGUUUCCAGCAAGUUUUGCAUUUUCCAAAAACUUGUGAUAGGCUAACUAUUCAUGAAAACACUGGUUAACUGUCACUCUGAUGUAUUUACUACAAUUUAAUGUAGGCCCAGAAUUUCAAAUCAGGCUCAGAAAUCCUAUUGCUGACCAUGAUCGUGCAAAAAAAAACUUACCUUUAGAGGAGCACUCCAUGUGAAUUUCUGGGGUCAAAUGCUGUCUAGAGACUGGACAAAGGUACAAUGCAACCAACAGCAGAGUAGAUCAGUAUUGCCAUUACACCCACCCAUUUUUCAAUACCAGCUGCAGUAUUAUUAGAUUUUAAUCCUGAAGCAAUUUGACAGCAGCUGAGAGAAAGUAAAUGAGGUAAGUGAAGAUGUAAGGUGGCAUGUGGAUGAGGGGUGCAAGUAGUAGAAGGGUCCUUGGGUGCUUGUGUGGAGGUAAUAGGAUGAUAAGUAAGUGUAUGCAUGCUUAGUAUUGGUUGGAUAGGGGGAAGAGAGUUGUUUUAGGCUGGUUUAAUCAAUAGGUUAUGGGGGAUGGGAGCGGGUCUUUGGGUCCAAUGUCAAUAUGCACGAGGGGUAAGAUGUCAGGUGUCAUGGGGUUUCCAGGUGGGAGGAGUGCACAGGGUUGAGAUUGUUGGUUGGGUAAAGUUAAUAAUUACUCAAGUUACAGUAGGCUUUAAUCCAAAUUUUUCCUAGGUAACAAUCGAGUUAACGUAGUUGGAAUCCUUUGAAGUCUCCACCUCUGACUCGGAGCUGUUGACUUUAUCUAGAGACUUCUGAACACCAGUUAAUUACCCAUUGAAAGUUUUGACUUCUAGGGCAAUUCCCAGCUACUUGGGAAUUACUCAUAGGCCUGCCUGCAACUUUUGUUUACUGAUACAGAAGAGUUGGCUCACAGUAUUUAAUAAUUAUUUAGUUUUUUAAUAGUUGAUAGAUAUUUUGACAACAUAAAUAAAGCUUGUAAAGCUGGCUCAAUUGCGCUGAGGGUGGAUUCACGAAAUGACAAUUUACAAAAAGUAUCAAAUACUCCUGUGGGCAGUUCAGUCUGCUUUAUGGGAAGCAAAUGCUAAUUUAUUUUUCUUUCUAUAGAAACAUCACACCAAAUAAUGUGUUUUUUUUUCAUUCUUCUUGUUUAUUACUGUUCCCUUUUCCUUCUUUUCCUGUAAUCUGCAAUGAAGUACCUGGUAAAGAGGAUGAGCUAGUUAUGGAAUAGCAAAAGCAAUCCAAGACAGGUUUCAGCAUGCUGCUGGUGCCUAAAUAUUUUUUAAAAACUGGUUCAGGAUUGUGACUGGGGUUUGGGCAUCUUCCAAGUUUGUGAUAUGGAUGUCCACUUACGAAAAAAUUCCUUUCUGCGAACAAUAUUAUGUAAGUGCACCAGCUGUUUCAAAAAGGUGGAACUGUAAUUAAUGUUUGAUUUUUGUUCUAAAAAGUAAACCGUAAAGUUAUCUGUAAAAAUCAAUUUUUGUUUAGCAAUAUUAUGGAAGGCACCAUUAUUCUUGCUCUUUUUUUUAAACAAAGCUGUAAUGCAACUUGAGGUAAUUGAUGAUAUAAGGAACUGCCUGCUGAUCUAUAACUCCAUUUACUUGAUUUACAAAGGCAAUAAACACUGUCUCGAUUUUGCAAAACUGUGAAUUUUACUUUAAGGAUAGGUUUUAUUAUAAGUAAAUUAAUGUAGAAUGUAUUCCGAACUGCCUUUUUCAUAAGAUGGAUAGUUGUUGAAACACUUCCUUUCAAAAUCUCAUUUAGUUGUAAUAAUUCAAGAAGUUCAAUGUAAAUGAAAGUAACAUUUAUAGGUUAAAAAUUAACUAUUAAAUAUGAUUCAGAUUUGCUGCUUUUGGUUAUUUUCCAUAAGUAAAUUUGUUGACUCAAUAUAUGUAGGCUCCUUUAAAGAUGAUUAAACGUUUGAUUCUGAAACUCAGCGUUCUAAUGAUGUCUACUCUGCACACUAUAAAAAUGGAUCUAUUACAAAACAGAACCCAUCUCAUCUGCUUGUUGAUGUUGUCUUUCAGAUUGCUUUAAAUACAAAGUGACAUAAUAAUUUAAAUAUCAGUUCACAUGAUAAAAUUUUCUGUGAAUAUUUUGGGCAGGUAGGAUGGUAGGAAACAGAGGGGUAAUAGUGAAAAGAUGCCUGUUGGACUGGAGGCCUAUGAAAAAAGUGAGGACUGCAGAUGCUAGAGAGUCAAGAGUUGAAAAGAGUGGCCCUGGAAAGGCAAAGCAGCUCAGGCAGUAUCCGAGGAACAGGAGAGUUGAUGUUUUGGGCAUGAGCUCUUCAUCAGGCAUGGACUAGAGGUGAGCCUUGGGUGGGUGGUGGGCCCAUUGCUGUUUGUUAUCUAUAUCAGUGAUUUGGAUGAGAAUGUACAAGGCUUGAUUAGUAAGUUUGCAGAUGACACUAAAAUAAGAGGUAUCGUGGACAGUGAGGAAGUUUCUCAGAAAUUGUCGCAGGACCUUGAUCAGGGGAAGUGGGCCGAGAAAUGGCAAUGGAGUUUAAUAUAGAUAAGUGGGAGGUCUUGCAUUUUGGAAAGUCAAAUCAUGGUGAAUGGUAGGGCCUUAAGGAAUGUAGUUGAACAGAGGGACCUUGGAGUUCAGGUGAAUUGUUCUCUGAAAGCGUAGGCACAGGUACACAGGGCAGUGAAGGCGGCUUUUGGUACACUGGCCUUCAUCAGUCUGUGCAUUGAGUAUAGAAGUUGGA